AUGAAGUUGACACUCACCACCUUCGCUCUUGCCUCCCUUUCACAAGUCCUGGCUGUUCCAGCAAAUAACAAAGCAACUGCCGAGAAGUGCUUUCCUUUGGAUACCACCUUCCAACUCAACGUCCCACAUGGCUCGACUGCACUUCCUCUGAUCAAAUACAGUGGUUACAACUGGCACAUCCCGAAAGCUGCUGUGGAAGGUACUCUCGUCUCCUUCUUUGGCAACUUCCAUAAGAAUGAAACCACGUCUUCUCAAAUCACGACUGUCACCAAUUCUACACAAGUUCCCGAUGGAAGCUCGAUGAGCAGUGCUUCUGGAUCUGCCAAUGGAACUACCGUCGUUUCGACCACAUUUGCAAGCGGUAAUGCAUCAAGCGCUGCGGGUGCUGCUCAAGAUACCACCAGUGAUAGCUCUACCGCCUCGACUGAACGAGAGANNCAAGCCGCUGCAGCCACCAGCUGUGCAGCAGACAACGAGGGCGCUAGUGCCUCUGCAGAAGAGAUCACCACAGUCACUUUCACUACUGCCAAUGGAACAAUUAUUGAAAGCAACGCUUACGCUGCUUGUUCUGCUGGUGUUAUGGCGCCUUCGACAGCGGAUAGUGGAAGCAGUUCUUCUGGCAGCCAGGCAAGCAUCAGUCAGGUUUCUGCUACUGUUACUUGUGAUGGCACAACGACUACUGUUGUCGAUGAUGAGACUUCUUAUGCCAUUACAGUCAAGGGUGCUUACUGCCAGACCUCGGGCUUCUCAGGAGCUAUUGCUGGACAGAGAGUUGCUUAUGCUGAGGCUCAAUGCUAA